AUGCCGACAAAACGAGACACCAAAGUCGGAUACCUUUUUACCUCCUUCCCUGUCGAUGAUGAAGCCAUUUACUUGCACCUCUCAAAUGGCAAUGACCCUCUAUCCUACCAAGCUCUCUCUCUAGACGGCACUCCGGAAACACAAGCCAUUCUCCGCAGCGACGUCGGCACCAAAGGCGUCAGAGACUCCUUCAUCGUGCCUUCUCAAGACGGCUCAAAAUUCUGGCUCAUCGCUACGGACCUGCUCGCGAACAACUUCACCAACGACUUCAACGAAGCAACCAGAUUCGGAUCCAGACAACUCGUCAUCUGGGAGUCUGAAGAUCUAGCUACCUGGGGUGAGGCUCGUCUGACACCAAAUCUUGUCAACUCGACCGCAGGAAAUGCAUGGGCGCCCGAAGCAUACUGGGAGCCUCUGAUUGAAGCAUACAUUGUAGUCUUUGCAUCACGCUUCUGGCCUGAUGCCGACCCUGACCGUACUGGCCCUCAACCUCCCAACAAACUGAUGUAUGUCACCACAACCGACUUUGUCACUUUCUCAGAAGCACAACUGUACUUCUACCCGGGCUACCCUGUCAUCGAUGCCACAUUCAUCGCCACCCCCGAUCAAGGUCCCAACGUCUGGUACCGCUGGAUCAAGUCCGAGGUGGACUACACAAUCUACCAACAACGCUCUGAGAACGGCAUUCUCGGCGACUGGGUCAAUGUGGGAGGUGCCUCUGAUGAUGUCCGCGUCACAUUUGCCUCGCAAUAUUCGAACAACGAGGGUCCCUUGAUUUUCAGGGAUAACCUUGAUGCAAACAAGUUCCAUCUCUGGAUUGAUGAGAAUGAUUUGCAGACUUAUAUCCCGGCUACGGCGGACACAUUGGAUGACAUGGCUGCCUGGGUGCCUGAUGAUAUGAGUGGGUUCCCCAAGGAUGUCAAGCAUGGCAAGGUCUUGGCUGUGUAUCAGCAGCAGUACGAUGCGAUUUUGGCAAAGUACAAGGUUGUUGGCUCGUAG